GAUGUAUUAAAAUUCAUGUAGUUCACCAUAGACGGCAAGUAAGCGUAGCCAUUUUUAUUGGGUUGUUGGUUUCUACGACUCAUCAAUAUGAAGGAUUACACGAUUGUUCUAGUGGCUCUGCUAAUGUUGGUGAUCCAUUGCUCUGUCGGAGCUCCACCGAAUUCCGAUUCCGGUGGUGGCAAACAAAAUACUGGCCUCAUGAAAACAGUCGUUGGCAUCUUGAAAUAUGGAUUAACAGGUCUUGCACGCUCAGCUGGAGCAAUCAAGAAUGCCCUAUUGUUAGCCGAAAUAAGAGAACAGAGAAAACAACUUAAACAAGGACCGGAAAAGUCUGCUUGCAGUGCGAAUGAUAUUGGAUGUAUGCUAAGUUCAUGUGACGUAGCUCUCUCAAAACAGUCUAAACCCGCAGAAGGUGUGAAGAAAAAAGGCAGUGGGACAGGGGCUAGACUUGUGAAAACAGGUGGGAACGUAGUUAAAGGUGCAAAGAAAACAGGCAAGUUGAUAGCUCAAGAUUUAUCAAAUAGUGUUGCUGACAGUAUCACGGUUAAAAAUGCGAAUAGAAUUAUACAAAGUGAAUUGGUCCAGUGUUCUGUAUUACCUAUCCUUCAGGAUGCAGUCAAUUCCAGCCCCAUUGGUCGAUGGGCUUUGUGGAUUUUUACCUCUAACACUGGCACGGCCGUCAUUGCAAAAACGAGAUUAAAGGUAAUCUUGGAUAUGAUGAUCAUCAACCAGCUUCAAGGGGAGACAGAAGAAAAUGACGACGGCAAUGAAUAGCACAUGUUACUGCGCUUUUCGUAGACCAUGUUCUUCAAUUACAUGAAUGC